GUGACGAACGCCUGUCAAAGAGUUUACACUUGCUUCCACAAAUCAAAAGUAUUAGUCUCUCUGCUUGACUUGACUCGAAAAAAUGUCAUCAAGCGGCUUUCUUGCCAUCAACAUUCUCUCAUGUUAAGAGACACAUCUUUGAUCUCUCUGUGUAUGGUAUGAAUCGGUAUGAAACGAAGACAUGAUGACUUGUACCUUAAUGAACUUACUUAUCCUUCGUCUAUGUCCAUCUGUCCCGUUUGUGGUUCCUCAAUACCUAAAGACAACAUAGAUCUACAUGUACAACAGCAUUUCAUCCAACCACAGCCUUCAACAUCGACUAUCACUACCAAUUACUGUGAUCUAGAAGUGCCUGGAUUUUCUGACGCUGCUGAUUUUAAAAUAUGUAGAUUUGGACACUGUCAACAAAUAGUUUCUUCAACAGAGUGGGAAGACCAUUUAUUUGCACACAGUAUAGAAGAUCACACUAAUUUAUUAAGCACCAAUUCCCAUCAGAAUCACCAUGAAAACACUAUUUUGGAUCCCCAUAACCUUAAUAUUGACACAUCAGUACACACACAAGUCCACAAUACUGAUCGAGCCAUAGCACAAGAGCAAAGAGAAAUGGAGAGACUUGAGAUUCAGUCUUCCCAGUGGAAUGAUCAUUUACUUGCCAAGGCAAUAGAAAGUGAAGAACAGAAGGAAAUGGAGGAACAGAGGAUGAAAGAGGAAGAAGAGUUCAAAAAGCUCCAGGCAAUGUAUGGAAUGAAUAAAGUAGGUGGGUAUGUCACUCAAUACAGUCAACACUUGGAGAGAGAUGUUAACAGAGGUAAAGCAUCAGUUGGUGACUAUUAUGCCAGAAAAGCAGAAAUGCUGAAAAUACUCAUGACGGACACUGACAGUGGAGAGUCUUGUACAAGAGGCAUUAUUCCUCAAUUACAUCACCGUUACAAGCUGGGAGUAAGUGGCACCAAGCAGGCAUGGUCAUCAUCAGAUACUGACCACUAUGCCAGCACAGUAGGGGAUGCUGGCUGGGGCUGUGGAUAUCGCAAUCUUCAGAUGUUGAUCUCGGCAUUGUUAAGAAUCGAUGUGUACAGGCCCAUGCUUUUUGCAGUUGGCGAAAAUGUUCCUUCAAUACCACGAAUACAACAGCUUAUUGAGGCAUCUUGGAAUGCUGGGUUUGACAAACAAGGAGCAGAACAGUUGGCCUGUAAGCUGAUCAACACAAGAAAGUGGAUUGGGGCAACAGAGAUUGCUACUGUUCUGCGAUCACUGGGGUUGAGAGCGAAUAUCAUUGACUUUCAUCGAGCUACUGGUUGUGAUGGAACUCAUCCAGAGAUGUUCUCGUGGAUCAAGAGAUAUUUCAGCUGUGGUGUACCUGGGUUUAAUACAGGGAUGGGUUUGAACCAGGCACAUGCUGGUGUACUGAAACAAACUACAAGACCACCGCUAUAUCUACAGCAUCAAGGACACAGUCGUCUUGUCAUUGGAGUAGAGGAACACUCAGGCAAAGAUGGAGGUCUGUUUCUGCUCUUGUUUGAUCCUUCUCACUCAACCAAACAAAUGCACAGCUUACUGGACGACAUCCAAACAAGUAGCUCAGGUCUGAGGCACCUUAGACGCUCCCUCAAACAGAUGCGUUGCAAACAGUAUCAGAUUGUGUAUGUGGAUGGUAUCAUGGAUGCACAGGAGAUGGAAAGAAGUAAAAUACUAAACAGUGUUAGAGUUCCUUGAUUGCAACUGUAACAUUAAUAAAGUAUUGUAUAUUCUUGGA